AUGUCCGAAAUCACUCAGGCUCUGAUUGUAACUCCAUUCACGCCCAAGACGACCAAGAGAAAGAGAACACCAUCAUCAGAACAGUCUUCUCCUACUGAAAGCAUUAUUCUGUCUCCUUCUGAUGUCUUCCAAUCAGAGCCAGUCGCCCAUUUAGCAUCUUCUGCUAUCUUCGCCGCGUCAAAGCGGCUUUUCCCGUUAGGGAGCGCCGUUACCUUUGAGCUUUCGGACUCCCACACCGAGCCUGUCGUUGAUCUUCAACCCUCACGACAUAUUGUCCUUCCCUUCAAUGUUCGGCAGAACCGGAAAGCCCUGGAUGAAAAGGCAUGGGAGCACCUAUGGAAUCUCUUUCCAGACACCCAAGCCGUGUCAUUCGAUGGGUACUUUUUAGUGUUUACUCUCGGCUCCCUGCCCGAAAAGCCAUGGCCGAUUACCGUUGCAGGUGUCCAGCCAUACUUCACUACCGACCUAAAUGAUGACGGACCAAUCCCUCCAAUUAAGCGCGCAAGUAAAAUAGUACGCCGCAUUUUCGUUGAAGAAAAUCUUACCAACGUUCCGCCAGCCAAGAUUGAUGCAGCCUUUGAGCUCGUUAUCAACUACUUCUCAAGCUCCAACAUUUCCGUUACAGAAAUUCAAUAUUGGAAUAAUUUCUUUAUCGUUGUCCUUGAAAACGAGGAUGUGAAUAUGGCUGAGGUUCCCAGUACAAUUGGACGUUGUGCGUGUUUUUACCUGUAUGAAAAGGAGAUGGGCCGUCCUCAUUCGGCUGAAAUUCCAGCCCAACGAAUCUUUGACCCAACUGAGGACGUCGUAGAUAAUAGUGAAUAUGAAAUUUUGCGUCCUGGUGUAAUGCUCAGUUCCAGUAAGCACCCAGUCAAUGGAAUGGAAUCGCAUACGACUUCGGGUGUGCUCGUCGAAGAUGGGAUAGGCGAAAGAUACCUGACUGUCGCGUUGCACGGUUUUCCAGACGACGAUAGGGUCUUCCACCCAUCCACAGAAGGCACGCAUAUUGGCCAGGUUACUAUGGAAAUCUCAUACGCCGACGUCGCACUUGUCAAGCUGAAUGGGGAUGUCCAGUUUGUGAAUGAAACUUUCGAGACCACAUCCCUCGGCGUGCCACCCGCGAAACUAGAGGAAUUCAUACUCGCAAAUGAGUCUCAAAUCGGCACCCCAAUUUAUAUGAACAAUCCAUUUACCGGGCACUCCGAAGGGACAUGCGGCCCGCAUUCCCGACUGCGGAUCCCUAGCGACGAUCCUCACGAAGUACCAAUGGAAUGGAUCAGGGAUAGGUGGGUCUAUAUGGGCCAAGGGUUCAUUGAUCGCCCGGAAGAUAGUGCCUGCGGAUCGGUAAUUUGGAAUGAUGAUGGCCAAGUCCUGGGGUUCUUUAGAUACGCUUCGAGGUCAGAGCAGUUUAGGGACUGGUGCUUUGUGGUGGCAUCUGAUAACCUUAUUGAAAAGGGAUUCAAGAUAGCUGCGCGGUGA